AUGAGGACUAAACGUUGGAUUUCUGUCGACGAAGAGGUAAAAAGCUACGCCGAUUUCUAUUCUGUGUAAUCAAGCAUCACCCUUUUCAACCCUGCUGUGACAGGAUACACGCACAGCAGCAUCAGAAUCCAAGUAUCAGGUUAUAUCAGGCUGAUCCAUCUGAGGUAAGGCUACACCAUACCACGAGUGUGACACUGAAGUACACUGCAGCUCAACAAUUGGCCUCCUGGAUUUGAACCAGAGCUGAAGGCAAAGACAGACAAAAAAAAAAAAGAAAGCUUGGCUGGGAUCCAUUUCAUCCACAAGGCCGAUCGAUCCCGCCACAGGUAGCUGCACAGCCAUCGGCUGGUCAAUAAUGCAUUGACUCAAACUGAGGAAUGAAUAGCAGGGGAAAGUGCCUCUGAUCCUUUGGAAUAGGUGGACAACCGUGGAGAGGAAGCAAGUGAUUAUUUCUGGGUAACGCUUGUGAGUUGAGGACACGUGGAAGUGAAAAGCGGUGAGCAGAUGUUGAAGAGGAAGAGGAAAAGAGAAGGAAAUGGCUGCUGACAAAGUGGCGUUGGGGCAAAGACCGUAGGAAGCCAGACAGGAAGUAGACAAAAGGAGUAGACUUCGAAGACAACAAAGAAGGAGAACAAACAAAAGAACUGUAGUAGACAAAGGGGAACCCUCAGAGGUUGGCCUAGAAAAGGUGUCGUCAUGGUGAACACCGGCAUGCAGCUGAUCAGCUUCACCUGUGCGGUGACCGGCUGGAUCAUGGCGAUCGCUGUCACGGCCCUGCCUCAGUGGAAGGUCUCGGCCUUCAUCGGCAGCAACAUCCUGACCUCGGAGAUCAAGUGGGAGGGCAUCUGGAUGAACUGCAUCUACCAGACCACCGGACACAUGCAGUGUAAGACGUACGACUCCAUGUUGGCCUUGCCUCCGGACAUCCAGGCGGCCCGCGCCCUCAUGUGCCUGGCCAUCUUCAUGGGCUGGCUCUCCUGCACCGUGUCCUGCUGCGGCAUGAAGUGCACCACCUGCGCCGGCGACGACCGGCGAGCCAAGGCAGGCAUCGCACUCGCAGGCGGGGUUCUCUUCAUCCUGACCGGCCUGUGCGUGCUGAUUCCGGUCUCCUGGACCGCCAACACCGUCGUCCAGGAUUUCUACAACCCCAAUGUGCCACUGAUGCACAAAAGAGAGCUGGGUCAGGCUAUUUAUCUGGGUUGGGCGUCUGCCGUCAUUCUCAUGAUCAGUGGAGCCGUGCUGAGCAGCACCUGCCCCCUCAUGGAGAGGAGCGGCAGGUACCGCAGGGGCUACAUAGGCCGGAGCUUUGCUAAUUCACCCGCUUCAGCACCAGAUCCACCAAAACCCAUCACGUCUAAUAGUGUACCAUUAAAGGAGUAUGUAUAGGAAGAGGAGGAAGGAACACUAGUAGGCGGAGAGGGACGAAGUUCAAGAGUUGACUUUGCUUGUUUCCUAAAUUUGCCGUCUCAAGUUUUAAGUCUAUACAUUUAAAUAUAUAUAUUUCUUAAUAUAUUCAAGCUAUAUAUUUUGUAUAUCUCUUUGUAAUGUGUUAAAACGUGUCUUCAGUACUUUCACACGUGUGUUUGAAAUUUGACUUUUUACUGCACUGUGAUUUCCAGUAGUGCCUGAAGAAAGCCCAUUGCCUAUAUCGUCAGAUCAAGUUAUGACAGUUAUGAUGGCUUUAAUGAUGGCUGGUGUUGUGAAGAUUUGCAGUGAUUUCUUAAGCAGAUAUUCUCUGACAGUGUCAUUACCUCUCGAUUUGUCACAUAAAGCCUUGACUGAGUGUGCCUACAUCGAAAAGUGUGAAAUAAAACAAGUUUGUUAAAGCGUGCUUCAC